CUCCCCUCGCUGCCUCUCAACCCCCGCGUCGAGGUUCUAAAAAUUCGUCAUUUUUCCUUAUUGAGUUGAUCGAGCCUCAUCGUGGAUAUUUACUAGGAAUAGGAGAAUGCAAGAUGCUAUGGGUCCAUCGAAUCGUCGACGCUGUUGCGUACCUGGAUGUAAUUCUCGAAGUGUUCCAUUCAGUUUUCAUAAAUUUCCCCUUCCUCCAACUUCUUUGGCAGUUAGACAAGUUGAUUAUGUGGACCGAUGCCAGGAAUGGAAAGAAAAAAUUGGAAUAACUGACGUAAGCGAACAUACAGUUGUGUGUUCACGUCACUUUACAGAAGAAGAUUAUUAUUUCCCAGUGAAGGAGGUGAAACAGGAUAGGAGAAUGGAUGAUUAGAGAAAAAAAGUACAGACGCAAACAGUUGUAGUUUCCAAAGAGGAUUGACUCGAAAUCUUCUUUCUGCACGUCUUUGCUAAAUGUUCAUCUAAACUUUCGUCAGAGGAUGAAAAAUCAACGCUGGUUUUCACUUAUUAUAUUUGUACUAUUAUUAUGUACAAUCUUUUUUCAAGGUGGAGAAAACGAUAUAUGUGUGACGUGUAUGCAAAUUUUGAGGUUAUAUACUUAUUGCAUUGGCAAUGUUUUCUCAGAAUUUUGUAUACAAUUGUUAAUACAUUACAACGUACAUUAUAACGUCAAAAAGUGUUAAUAUUACUUAACCUUCAGAAUUUACAAUUACAAUAAAUUAAUAAAUAAAAUGUUUCUCUUCGAACGACUUAAUUCAAAUUUAACCCAAAUGCUUUCCCGGUAAAAAGGCUUGCAUUAAAAAGUAUUGAAAAAUUCAUACAUCCAGUGGUAACGUGAGAAAUAUUGAAUAAAUUUGGGACCCGUUUUUGUCCUCCCGAUUUAAAUCCCCAUAGAAAUAGGAGUUGUCUCUUAAAUUGAAUUCUUUUCUGUACCAAGCGCCGGAAAUAUUUUUCUGAAUACUUUUGGACACCACAAAAAAACCAAUAAAUAAAAUAUUUUAAAACCCUUUUAAUUUAGCCCAUUUCGUUAAUUUUAUUGACU